CAAGGUCACUUCGCACAGCUCGGCAAUAGUAAGCCAUAAUGCGCAUACUAUUGGCCACAGGAUCUCUCGAGUAUCUAUCAUCCAUCUUGGUCAAGCCUCGUGUUGUCAGCGUUGUCAUCGGAAUCUAUCGGCUGGACGCGUGUGCGGGGAACUGGCGAUAAUCAAGUCGCGGUGAAGAAACGGGGAUCGAAUGAAACCUAGUGACCCCGUCACGCCCCCCCGCGCCUUCACCGCGUUUAUCAACAGAACAACAGAUGACCGCACCCGCUCAGAGCGUAAGACCCGUCAUUUGAUCGCGGACAACCGGAGCCCUUGCGACCGUGGGGGUUUUGUUUAUAAUCGCGGGGCAGGACGGGUUGCCUGAACUUGAUGGAACUGAUUUCUGACUGUCUCUGCGUCUGGUCUUUGUUGGCCAUACACUUUCUGGGUGCUUUGUUACCUUUGAUCUAUAUUCGGGUUCCAAGUACAAAGGAUCUUUGUCUUCUCUCAGAGUCUGGAACGCGAAUCUCCCGACAGCCAACCGAACCUUAUUUCCAACGCGAUCGGUUCUUUCAUAUGAUAGUCCCAAUGAAGUUUAUUGUUUCUGUGGCCCAGUCUUUCUGUACCGCGCGCUUUCACCUGGAUACGAUAUAAGGAGAAUGUUGCGAAUUCUCUCCUUCACCACGUACAAAUUCCUCAACACGUUAGAGGGUCAGCCAAUCGACAAUACAACACUCAAGUGCAACGCGAAUUGCCUUUCUUUUCGCAAAUAUGCAGAACAUCGAAGCUCAAGGGGAGAGAAAAGCAGAUAUAGAGCUGCUCCAAGGUCUGGAAGAGGCACUACACUGCACGACAUGCCAGAUCGCGGUCACACAAGCAAGCAUGGCAGAUGACAUCCAGAAGUGCUCAUACAUUACCUCCCACUACCCACCUUUCUUCCUCAACAACAACUCUAGAGACGACGACAUCUCCCCUACCAAUACUCAAUCCCCCUCCGAAGACCCGUCGUUCUGGAAACACAUCUCCGUCGCCCAGCGCGAGCGAUACUACGAACUAGUCGAACAAACACUGAACCACAUCCUUGACGAAACCAAAGACAUCGACCCCGAAGUUGCCGUCCUCUUCGCCCACUAUCAAAUCGACUUCCACAUCCGCCAGCACUACCUCGCUCUUCGCGGAAUCCUCGCAUUCUGCCGCAACGCAGACGACAUGCAACAGCUCCGCCACUGGCAAUGGAAGAUGCAUGACAUCGAUAACAUGAAACCCGUCAAUCAACACCAAGUCUGGCUCUUGGGGUGCAAGCACGCUGGAUGGCCGGAUGACAAGAACCUGGAAAUGAUGCACCAAACACUAAUGUGGAAGCGUGCCUGGCCCGCACGAAGGAAGCGCGUGGCCGAAGUCCGGGCUCGAUGGGCAAUUAUCAUGGAGGAGCGACGUAAGCAGCGGGAGAUGCUGUUGUUGAAGCAGAAGGCUACUAUCACGGUCCGGCUUUACUGUAGGGGUGAAUUGAUGGAUGUACGCGAACUCAAGAGGAUUGCACAUUCGGAACCAACGCUUCGACCGGGGAGAUUGUUGCAGAGUUCUGGGUUCUAGAGGGUCGUUGCAUUUGAAAGGCGUUUUUGGCGUUUUGGGUUUGUUUUACGUUAUGAUAUCCCAUUUGCCAUUCAUGUUGCAUGGGUAUUGGGAGUGGAACGGGAUAUUGCUUCGUUGCCUUUUCAACGUGUAUGGGGCCAUUGGGUUUACCGUGGAUUAGGAUGUAGCACCGGAGUCAGCAUUGGGUUUUCCCCGUGGCGAGGUGCAUUUGAGUCCCACAUGCAUAC